AACCAGAACAAGAUUCAAAAUACAUCUAAAGUCAAGUUAUGCAAUUGAAUGUAUUGAGCGAAUAUAAUGAAUUGGUCAGAAUUUUAACAGAACGUAGUUUGGUAAGAUAAAUUAAAUGGUUAUGUAUGAGUUAAUACAGGUUUAUUAAUAAAUUAUUCACUAAAUUCAUUUAAUUGAAUGGAUUCUGAAUUAAUUAUUUAGUAUAGAGACUUCAAAAUAUAUUAAUCCACAAAAAAUGUCAGAUGGCAUGGAAGUCUAUAAUGAACCUAUAAAAAGGGAUGUUUCACCACCGUCCUCUACCCCAAAAGACGAUAGUUAUUUUAAUAGAGAGAGGACUUUAGUUUUAAUAGACCUGUUUAAAAAAUAUAAACCAGCAUUAGCUAAAGGGGAUAUAAAAACAAUGAAAGAAAUGUGGGAAAUUAUCGCAAACGAGCUCACUAAUCAAUUUGGAAUCCCUAUAACUGGUGCCAAAUGUCAAAAUAAAUUUAAAGUAUUAGAAAGGGGUUACAAGAAAUUGCAAAAUGAUUAUGAAACUGGAAAACGAUUUAAAAAACAUUUCCCGUACGCGAAAGAAUUUAAAGAUCUAAAAUUGAGAAAAUAUGAAUUUGUACCAGGUCUUGUGGCACCAUAUACGAAUAUAAACAUGACCACCAAUACGGAAAAACUCGAAAGUUCAUCAACAGAAAGUGCAGCAGAAGUCACAUACACGGAAGCAGUCUACGUAACUGACGAAAGUUACGUGCCCCAAACAACUAACAUAGAAGUUGCUCAAACGGAAUAUGUUAAUACUACAACGGAACCAAUAGAAGCAGCUGAAGUCACCGUUCACACAUCCACAAUAGAGCAGAAAGUCCCACCUACACAAUGGUCUGAAGAUGUUUUUUUCAACCGAAAAAAGACAUUAGCCCUAAUUAGUCUAUUCAAAGAAUACGAACCCCAAGUUUCUGUGGGGACCAUAAAAACAAAAAAAGAAAUGUGGGGAACCAUAGCUGGACACAUGACAGAACAAUUUGGUGUUCCGAUUACAGGCGCUAAAUGCGAAAAUCGUUUCAAAGUGUUAGAGAGGAAUUUCAAAAACCUGGAAUUGCACAAUUCUAAACGGUUCAAAGAAGGUCUUCCGCCUAGGCGAUACGAAUUCGAGGAAGAACUUCGAGAAAUAUUUGGAGACAAAUUCAAAAAUCUGAUAGAACAGAAAACAGAUAAAAUACAACCGUCGACGUCUAAUGAAACUCCUGUUGCACCAACUAUAGAUGUAAAUUCACCUCCUUUCACUAUACGUGUACUUGAAGCACAAUCUAUCCCUUUAGAAUUACCUGUACCAGAUAAAAUUGAACGGAUUUUACUUGGAAUUAAAGCUGAUCUCCAAUAUUAUCAAAAUGAAAGAUUAAAGGUUGAAUGGAGGAAAUUGGCAGUAGAAGAAGAAAAAUUGAAACUUGAAAAGAGAAAAUUAAAGUUACUUGAAGAUCAAAAACGAUCAGAAUCUUAGUUGGACUCACAAUUACAUCUUGUUUCUCGAACCUUCCAUAGGGUUAUUCAAUGACAGUUAGUGGUAGAGAGUUCACGAUCAGAAUGGUAAUAUCAUGUUGUUUCUAGUGAAUUUUGGUUUUGUGAUGGAAGAAAUACGAUUUGAUUGGUACAAAAAGGUAUAAACUCACAAUGAGAUGAUUUUAGUGUGAUUUUUAUAAUAUAUUAGUGAAAAUAAAUAAUUUAUUAGUUGUGAGGCAAACAGGAUAUAUUUACCUUUUUUUAAGCUAUUCACCUCAUAUUUCAUAAAAAUAAGCAAAAUAACAUUUUGCUGUUUAAAUAUUCCACCAAAACGCUGUCUUUAAUCAGUUCGCGUGUAUGUCGUCAGAUUACUUGAGCAAAUUAAUGUUUACAUGAUUGAGGUUAUAUGAAACAUUUAGAAAAAUAAGUGUUUAAUCUUUAUUACGAUGUUAUGUAGUGCCUUGUUGUGAAAAUAUUACAAAAAAUAUUCUGGUGCCUCGUCAGAAAUACAGACACAAUCAUUUGAACUUAAAACUUAACGUAAGUAGCACAGAAAAUAUUCUCUAAUGAAGAUCUAAAUUACCUUGUCUUUAGGUUAUAUUGUAAAUUCAUUUUUUUUUCAAAAAUUUCACUAACUGCUUAACUUGUCAAAGUUCACAAAUAUGUUUUAUAGGAGUAAGAUGAUUAGUGUUUGAAGUCACGUGAUACGUAUUUGUAAUUUAUUUUUUCAUAUUUUUUUUGUUAUUAGGGAUUCGGGUGUCAUUUCAAGCUUAGAUGCAACAAUAUAAAUGCAAACUAUAUACAUUUUUUGUCACAAACAAAAAUUUCGUUAACUGCUUAACUUGUCAAAGUUCCUGAAUAUGUUUUAAUAUAAGUAAGAAUUGUAAUAUUUUUUAUUAAAAAAUAAAUACUGGUUAUUAUCACUCGAAA